GACACUUGGCGCAAGCGCACCAGCCCUAGUCGCAAGUCGCAACGAAGGCCCCGAACGCGCGAGCCACCGAGCCGGCCUCGCCGGCAGCACCCGCCGCCCCUAUAUAGGCACCAUUCCCUCCUCCCCCGCCACCACCGCUGCUUCCUACCGUCCGGUGCUACGCCCCUCUGCGUUCCCCAAUCCCCGUGUGACCAAGCGCCCAGUAGCAGAGAGACUGAGAGAGGCGGCGAUGGCGAGGCACUUCGUGCUCAACACCGGCGCCAAGAUCCCCUCGGUCGGGCUCGGCACCUGGCAGUCCGACCCCGUCGUCGUCGGCGACGCCGUCUACGCCGCCGUCAAGGCGGGGUACCGACACAUCGAUUGUGCCAGAGUUUACGGCAAUGAGAAGGAGAUUGGUUUGGCACUGAAGAAGCUAUUUGCAGAGGGUGUAGUGAAGCGCGAAGAUCUAUUUAUCACCUCUAAGCUAUGGAAUGAUCACCAUGCUCCUGAAGAUGUGCCCGAGGCACUAAAUGAAAGCCUGAAUGAUUUGCAGCUUGAUUACUUGGAUCUUUACCUUAUUCAUUGGCCAUUUAGCGUGAAGAAGGGAACAAACACCAGCCCUGAAAACUUCGUUACACCUGACAUCCCUGCUACCUGGGGGGCAAUGGAAAAGUUAUAUGAUGCUGGCAAAGCCCGUGCAAUUGGUGUGAGUAACUUCUCAUCAAAGAAAUUGGGGGACUUGCUUGCUGUAGCUCGUGUAUCUCCAGCUGUUGAUCAGGUGGAGUGUCAUCCUGGCUGGCAGCAAACUAGGCUCCAUAGCUUCUGUCAGUCAACUGGUGUUCAUCUUACUGCUUACUCGCCACUAGGUUCACCUGGUACUAGUUGGAUGGACGGUAAUGUCCUUAAAGAACCAGUAAUCAUCUCAAUAGCUGAGAAACUUGGGAAAACACCUGCACAAGUGACUUUGCGCUGGAACAUUCAGAUGGGUCACAGUGUACUACCAAAGAGCACAAAAGAAGAAAGGAUAAAGCAAAACCUUGAUGUUUAUGAUUGGUCUAUUCCAGAUGAUUUGCUUGCAAAGUUCUCUGAGAUUAAGCAGACUAGACUGCUCAGAGGCAACUUCAUUGUUAAUCCUCAGAGUGUUUACAAGACCCACGAGGAGCUCUGGGACGGUGAACUGUAGGAAGGAUCCCAUUGUUGAUCCUGAGCAGGGAGCUGCAUACGUUAGGGCCUGUCAGUCAGUUCAUUUUUAUCUCUGAAUUUGCUCGUCACGAAUGAAGGUUCAGUUGCACGAAAGCUCCAAUUAAUGUCCUGUACCGCGAGCUACGGUUUAGCCUAGGAUCUUUGGUUUCUGGUGCCUUUGAGCUGUGGCCUAUGCAGUUAAUCUGCUGGCAUUAUUUAUCCAAUUAUCCUGUGCUGCGUGCUAGUUUGUAUCAAUCACUGGAAAUUGCAUCAUUUAUCCUGAAGACUUGAGCUAUUUUCUUAUGCCCUA